CAGAGCAUUGGCCACCUUGGACAUCAGUCAGCUCCACCAAUCCAGUCCAGCAACAUGCACAAGACAAGCAUCCUAAUCGUGGCCCUCGUGGCACUUUUCGCCAUCACAGAAGCAGUUCCUCCAUUUCCCACCACAGGUCCCAUUCGGAUCCGCCGCCAAGUGCUCGGAGGUUCCUUAGCCUCCAACCCAGCUGGUGGAGCUGAUGCUCGCUUGGAUCUCUCCAAGGGCAUUGGCAAUCCCAACCACAAUGUGGUGGGCCAGGUUUUCGCCGCUGGAAACACUCAAAACGGUCCAGUCACAACUGGCGGAACUUUGGCCUACAACAAUGCUGGCCAUGGUGCUUCUUUGACCAGGACACACACGCCCGGAGUGAAGGAUGUCUUCCAGCAGGAGGCGCACGCCAAUCUAUUCAACAAUGGCAGGCACAACCUGGAUGCCAAGGUGUUCGCCUCCCAAAACAAACUGGCCAAUGGCUUCGAGUUCCAGCGUAAUGGCGCUGGUCUGGAUUACUCCCACAUCAACGGACAUGGUGCCUCCCUGACACACAGCAACUUCCCAGGAAUCGGCCAGCAACUCGGUCUAGAGGGACGUGGUAACCUGUGGUCCUCGGCGGAUCGGGCAACCCGUUUGGAUCUGACUGGAUCGGCCAGCAAGUGGACAAGUGGACCGUUCGCUAACCAGAAGCCCAACUUUGGUGCUGGCCUGGGGCUAUCCCAUCAUUUCGGCAAGCGGAUCAUCAGCCACCUUGGACAUCAGUCAGCUCCAGCAAUCCAGUCCAGCAACAUGCACAAGACAAGCAUCCUAAUCGUGGCCCUCGUGGCACUUUUCGCCAUCACAGAAGCUGUUCCUCCAUUUCCCACCACAGGUCCCAUUCGGAUCCGCCGCCAAGUGCUCGGAGGUUCCUUAGCCUCCAACCCAGCUGGUGGAGCUGAUGCUCGCUUGGAUCUCUCCAAGGGCAUUGGCAAUCCCAACCACAAUGUGGUGGGCCAGGUUUUCGCCGCUGGAAACACUCAAAACGGUCCAGUCACAACUGGCGGAACUUUGGCCUACAACAAUGCUGGCCAUGGUGCUUCUUUGACCAGGACACACACCCCCGGAGUGAAGGAUGUCUUCCAGCAGGAGGCCCACGCCAAUCUAUUCAACAAUGGCAGGCACAACCUGGAUGCCAAGGUGUUCGCCUCCCAGAACAAACUGGCCAAUGGCUUCGAGUUCCAACGUAAUGGCGCUGGUCUGGAUUACUCCCACAUCAACGGACAUGGUGCCUCCCUGACGCACAGCAACUUCCCAGGAAUCGGCCAGCAACUCGGUCUAGAGGGACGUGGUAACCUGUGGUCCUCGGCGGAUCGGGCCACCCGUUUGGAUCUGACUGGAUCGGCCAGCAAGUGGACAAGUGGACCGUUUGCCAACCAGAAGCCCAACUUUGGUGCUGGACUGGGACUUUCGCACCACUUCGGCUAAAUGUUAAUCUGCUAUAGGUGUAGAAACUAAUUUAUUUAAAUCAAAAUAAUAAACGAAUAACAUAAUGAUAAAACCA